AUGGAAAAUCAUUCUGGAAGAAGUGAUGAGGAGCUGUUUAAAGAACACUACAGUCGUUACUACAAAGAAAAACCUAAUAAGCGCCCGUACAUGGUCGAUCAACUAAAAGAAAUGGGGCUGGAAAUUACUCAAGCAAAACAAAAGAAUAGCAAGAAAAGCAGAAGAGAGUAUUAUUUACUGCAAAUGUAUGAUGUUAUGAAAGUAGGCGAUCAACAAUAUGUCAUAAAAAAAGUUAAGGAAAAAAACGAUACUUUAAUUUAUGUAAUCCCAGAAGAAGAACUAUUUGAAAGGUUAUUAGAUAUUCAUAUUAGUUGUGGCCAUGGGUCCAGAGAUAAAAUGAUCAAUAUAAUUCACCAAAAAUAUUUUAUUCCGAGGCCUUGCGUAGAAAUGUUCUUGAAGGCAUGUAAAUAUUGUCAAACAAAAAAGAAUAAAAUUGUAUCAAAAAUUGUUGUAAAACCGAUUACUUCUAAAGAUUUUAUGACCAGAGGUCAAGUAGAUUUAAUCGAUUUUCAAUCUAUACCCGACGGUGAGUAUAAAUGGCUAUUGAACUAUCAAGACCAUUCCACCAAGUACGUAUGUCUGAGGCCUUUACGUUCAAAACACGCUGUAAACGUUGCGGAAGAACUUUUGAAGAUUUUUCUCCAAUUUGGUGCGCCAUCGAUUUUGCAAAGGGACAAUGGACGUGAAUUUGCGAACAAGAUAGUAGAAGAGUUGAAAAUCUUGUGGCCACAGUUAUUAAUUGUUCAUGGAAGACCUCGCCAUCCUCAAAGCCAGGGCAGCGUUGAGCGUUCAAAUCAAGAUGUCGAGAACAUCUUACGGUCGUGGAUGAGUGAUAAUAAAUCUACCAGGUGGUCAGUUGGGUGUUAUUUUACGCAAUGGCAGAAAAAUAAUUUGUUGCACAGAGUGAUAAAAUUUGGCCUGAAGUCAAUAAAUCUUCCGCCCACCAUUCUUUCAAAUAUAACUACAGAAGAAGAGCUAGAAAAUCAGGAGAAAGAAAUGGGAGUUUUUAGAGAAGAAGAACACGAACAGCGGUGUGAAGAACCGGUCACAGAAGCAACGAAAGAGCUAGGUAUCGAACUAGAGCAGAAUGAACUGGAUACUAACGUAAAGAUCCAAAACGUAGACUCCAUAUUAAGUGAUAAUAUGGACUGUGGAAUUGUUGAGCUACAGAUGGCGACAAAAGACGAUGUA